AUGAUUGAGAAAGCGUCAAAGUGCGAUAAUGUGCAGGAAAUAGCGUACAAUCUUCAGCGUCUCGAUGUUCAUGGACAGACAUUUGCCAAUUCUGUACAAAUACCGCCUCGAUUACCUAAAAUUGUGGAUUCACUGGUAGAAUACCACGCUAAUAUCGGUUGCUACCAUUGUUAUCUCUUUUUAGAUAGUCACAAAGAUGGCUACAUACAGCACAUGAACGUCUUUAAUGUUGAACGAGUUGGUGUGCAAGUACAUUUUCCAUACGUAGAGCUCAUGUACAGAAACAGCAAUGAGAAAGAGAGUUUAAAAAGUCUGUGGUGCAUCGAGAUCGAGCGAAACGUGGAUGUUACUCAUUGUAUAGUUGAAGAUAAGAGAGAUCAUUGGUACUUGAGACUUCCGAUCCGACCAAGUGACAAGCAACCGCUCGGUGGAUUCUCGUCGUUCACGCAGGUAUCUCCAGUUGAGCUACGACCACAGAGUUACGCGUCAGUGUGUUGUAGAGAGUGCAAUGCGCAGUUGCUUGGUGAUGAAGGACACGCUGUGAUUGAGAAAGUAUUGCCGCUACCGUCUGCAAAUUGGAUGGAUAUGUUUGACUUUUGGGGAGCUGGUAUUGGAGCUUUUGAACACAUUCCACGUGAGCAUAUUCACGCACAGCUACAUCGAGUUCUUGUAGGCGAGUCGUAUAUACUAUUGCACGCUAGUGACUUAGUGGCUAAAGCGGUUGUGAUAGAUUGUGGGGACGAGGCGGCUAUUGCAUUAGGAGAAGAUGCGAAGGAAGAGCACGAAUGGAUACCGUUGACUUGCGUUGCCUGCUCAGAGCAUGUUGGUUCGCGUAGCGUGGAGCACCCAGACACAGUUCGUCUGCAAAAGCACCGCAUAAGUGCUCACCAAAUGCUUGAAGAUGGAGCGGAAGAUGGUCCCGUUGAGAAAGGCCAGGAGAGGACGAAUGUUUUCGACAACUACACUAUCGACAGCAUACUUGGCGCCAAGCUGCUGGAAGUGGCAGACUCAGAUGGUAUUUUUCGAUUUAUAUUGACAUCGUCGGGCAAUAAAUAUGAUCACAAUCAGUCGCAUGAGAGGAAUGGCAGCACAGCAGAUGUAUCGUCAACGGAAUUGCACUUGCAGCUGCUAAGCUGGGAGACCAUGAUAAAGCAACCUGACAUGAACAAGUUUCAUCGCGUACUGAAGGUUUUAUACAGUCCUUGUCAAGCGAUGCCGGCGGUUCCUGGCCUCUUGCCUUCGCAUGAAGUGUCGCUGCCUCCAGCUAUGUGUCUAGCGCUUGCAAAGCGUCUUCAAGCGAGCUCAACACAGCUGCCAUCUUCACUACGCGUCUUUAACCGAAUGAAUGUCGGCUAUUUGUUUGCAUGA